GCGCCGUCGGAAGAGCGGAGCGCGGUCUGCCUGCGGGUGCAGUACUUCCGCCUCCAGCCCCGCGUCCACGAGGAGGACAACAACCUCGGGCCACAAAGCCCGCUCGACCACGCCCCGUCGGUGAGGCUGCCCGCGGCAGACGUGAUGUUAUUGUCGGUAAAGCUCUGGCGAUUGGUCGGCAGCCCAGCGUGCCUGGACAAGGCCAAAGUCGCUGCGGGGCCUCGCUACGCCAUGGAGGGUUCGGAGAAGCCCUUCGCCAUGGCCGAGGAAAGCGGAGGCGCCAAAGUGAGUCUCAUCGUGGGGCACCGCGAGGACGACGUCGUGCAGUCGACUAGAUGCCGGCAGGUAUCCCCGAUGGAGAGCCACGGGUGCGCCCAGAAGGAUGUCGACGCGAUGAGGAAGCUCAACCAGCUUGGCAUUGGAGCAGACGGCAUUGCUGCUACCUUGGGUUUCAGCGCCGAUACUGUGAAGACGCUCAUUGACCCUCAAUACACGUGUUUCGGUUGGAACACCACUCUCUACACGCUCGUGCAAGACGCGCAGACAACCGUCAAGAUGAGCAUUCAUCUGGAGGGCAAGUGGUUCUGCCUGGGCGAGCCCUUCCUGCCCAGAGAUUUCCUCUUGGACCGUGGCUUCCGCAACAAGCGUGACAUCUUCCAGGUGGCCAACUGGCCGCACGGAGACUUGGGCGUCGAAGUAUCCAUCGAGCUCGGCGAAGCGCACCCAGUGACGACGCAGAUCGCCAUGCAGGAUUUCGAGGCGUUCGACGCGGAGGGCGACGUCCUGCCAGGCGAGGAGUGGUCACUUGGCGCUGCUCCCGAGCAGGAGAGGAAUUUGCGGCCCGGCGCGUCCGACGACAACCUCUGA